AUGCAGAUCCCGGAAAAAGUCUUGAAGGUGGUUGUGGACUUUCUAGGCCCAGGCACUGAGCACCUCAAGUACUUCGCCGCGGAGGACACGGACCUCCGGGAUGCCCUGCAUCCGCAAGAGGCUCCUGAAGCCUACGAGGCUGUCAAGGCUAUGGUCCAGGCGCUGGAAUGGCAGGCCUGCAGCCGGCGUUGCCGCAAGGUACUGGACGCGGUGAUUGGAGACAGCGUUGCAACCAUUCGAGCAAGGCUUUGUGCCGUUUUCACCACUGGCACGCUUCGUUGCCUGUUGUGUGAGGACGUUUGCAACAGGACUUGCUACACCGUACCCAGGAGCCCCUGUCACCGAUCGUGCCUAGCGUGCCACAUUCGCCAUGCCCGCGCAGUUCCUGGGGAUGUGGUGAUGGACAUGCCCGAUGACAUGCCUGAUGUGAAUCCUUCAUGGCGGUUCACACUCCACCGGGCGGACCGAUGCGGCCUGAUCCUUGCAGCCUACCUAGGCGGACUGACAGUCAAUCUCAUCGUGGGUCUCCAAAAGAACUUGCAGCAGAUGAGACUCCGCCAGGGGAUCCGCAUUGACGGCCAAGUGGUCAAGGCAUUGCCUUCACUUUGGCGGUUCGUACCCUCUGAAACUUUACCUCUAUCGCCGGGCGGUGAAUCGCUGCCUACCUUCGUGAGGCUGAUCCUCAGGUUGCCACAUGAGGUCUUUAUCCAGAGCAAGAACCCAAAGUAUCUGAGUGGCGGCAGUACUGCCAACUUUGUCAGGAACCGAGGAGCGAUCACUCCCAGUAGCAGCCACAAGCACGAAAAGACGGGGCUUAUCCUGGCUCGCGACGGCGAGCGCCAAGACUACGCUGAUCCUGCAUGGUUGGCUGCGCACCUCCAAGCGGAAAGGCAGGAACUAAAACGAGACGAAUGCUACCUCGACCUCAGGCCUGUUCUCCGUGAUGUGUCCCGGCUAACGACCGGCAGGCCUGCACGUAGCUUCUCUCGGCACAUCGUGCCGAGUGUUUUCGAACUUGUAGCCAAUCACAGGUUUGAGUUGUGCUGUCAUGCUGAGCUUUCAGCCGUUGGCUUAGACAGCCUCGCAGACCUCCUGACGUGUGUACUCGAGGACCGCUGGCUGAGAAGAUCCACCAUGGAGAGCGCUAAGAGUGCAUCGAUUGUCGACCUCAGCCCAGAGAUCCUGAUGAAGGUCCGCGCCUACAUUGGCCCUGGCGAAGAGGACUACGCGUACCUUCAUGACAAGAACACGAACCUUCGAGAUUCUCUCCAUCCCAGGGAGAUGCCGGGUGCACACCAGGCGGUGAAGGCCAUUGUCCCAGCACUCUUCGAUCGAGCGCAGUUGCGGCGAUGCUGCCGGCGCCUCUGUGAGGAUGCCGGAGACCUCACAACGAUCAUUUACAGGAUGGGAGUCAUGCCUGGCGCCAAGGCAGACAUCCUUGGCAGAGGAGUACACUACGUGAUGCGCAGGCCUGUUCUCCGUGAUGUGUCCCGGCUAACGACCGGCAGGCCUGCACGUAGCUUCUCUCGGCACAUCGUGCCGAGUGUUUUCGAACUUGUAGCCAAUCACAGGUUUGAGUUGUGCUGUCAUGCGGAGCUUUCAGCCGUUGGCUUAGACAGCCUCGCAGACCUCCUGACGUGUGUACUCGAGGUCCGCGCCUACAUUGGCCCUGGCGAAGAGGACUACGCGUACCUUCAUGACAAGAACACGAACCUUCGAGAUUCUCUCCAUCCCAGGGAGAUGCCGGGUGCACACCAGGCGGUGAAGGCCAUUGUCCCAGCACUCUUCGAUCGAGCGCAGUUGCGGCGAUGCUGCCGGCGCCUCUGUGAGGAUGCCGGAGACCGCACAACGAUCAUUUACAGGUUCGGGAGCGCUUUGAACACAGGGACGCUAAGAUGCCUACGAUGCGAAAGCUUGUGUGGCGGACCGUGCUACACCAUCAUGCGCGGGAGGAUUGCUUGUUUCAGAGACUGUCACAGGUGCCAUAUUCGCCAUACGCCUGUCGUGGAGUCUUCAUGGCGUAUGAGGUUUCGGACCCUGGCGGACCUCAACUGCUGCCCUGUAGUCCUCUGA